GUACUUAAGAGCCAAGCUUAAUAGGGCACAUGAGGUCGAAAGACCUCAUAGAGGGGAUUUGGAGCUGAAGCAUCACAAUCUUUUACUAUCUUGACUAUAAAGAAGUAUUUUAGACAAGCUUUUCUAUCAAUUUUUGUUCGAAAUCUUUGUUCCAGAAAUUCAUGAGUCCUUUAUAGAUUUCACAACCAACGUAAUCAGAUCAGAAGAGAGAAAGUCGGUAAGAAAGUUAUCAAAAGAGUCAAAACCAUUUUAUCCAAAGUGGGUGAAACAAGGUAAAACAAGAGAAGAGUGAGAAAGCUGAGCCAUUUGCUUGGAUUAUUUCGAUGGUGAUGAAUAUGAAUUCAUUCUGCAGCAUCAGAAGCAGGAAAAUCACCAGGAAGAAGCCCAGAGACAGACUCAGUCUGUGAUCUCCUGCCAAGUUAAGUACGAAGAUUUUACUCAAGAGCAACAAGAAGUAGUUCAUAAGCUUCAAGAAGAUGACAAAGAUACAGAAAUGCAAGUUGAGGAUACAAGUGAAGUAAAUCAAACUGAGAUCGAGGGUAUCCUAAAGGAAGAUUCAGGGGCUCUUGAUACUUCAGGAGUAUGAGUUCUCACUGCCUGCAACCAUGGGUUCCACAAGAAAUGUAUCAAGGGUUGGCUAAAAACCAAAAACAUAUGCCCUUCCUGCAGAAAGGAAGUUUUCUUCAGAGAAGAAGAGCAUGACUACGAUGAGGAAGCAAUCAUAGGAGAGUACAUAGAUUUCGUUGAAGAUCUCGAGUAUUUUGACAAUCAAUACGAAUCAGACAAUGAACUCGACUACUACCUAUUCCAUUACCAAGAUUUCAUAGAGCCUGACCAAGACUACAGUCCCUAAAUUCACUUUUCAUUUCAAAUUCCAUGAAUUUUGGAAAAUCCUUUAAAAAUAAUAAAAU